CGUCACAUCUCCAGCUUCGGCUGUCGGCAUCCUGACGACUAUGGCAACAACAGUGGAGGAUCUGCCGAUACCCCCCAAUCUGAGAGGCACUAUGAUCACACAUCACAAUGAAGAUCAUGGGGUUACCAAUACUCAGGGAAUCAGCAGUCAGUCAGCUACUGCCCUCUGCCUUGUUCCUCAAAGACGGAAACGGAGGACUAGUACCUCCGCCAGGCCGGUAGCAGCAGAAGCCGUGCAGGCGGCUUCGGAACCAACACUGCUGGUGGCUACAGGAGCAGAUGACCAUGAGCAGGAAGACAAAAUUGGAAUUCAGUCCAAGAGAAGAUCAAUCAAAAGGAAAUCGCCAAAGAGGGGGCUGAAGAAUAGGAGGGGAUUCAAAAUACGUGGAUCUAUAGAAGAUUGCGUUUGUACGAGCGGUACCGACGCUGUUAGUACACAUGCUCGCAGGCAAAGCUACCAAGAAAUUGAAGGAGACAUUUUGGCUGUCCAUCGGGAUGACAUACAACAGGCAGCUGCAGCAUGGAAAGAACCUGAUAGUCUCUGUGACUCCAACCAUCAGGUCUCCAUUCAACAACAUGAACGGAGAGUUGUUGAAAACACGGCCAAUCCUACCUUGGAUCCAACUGAUCCAAUUGAAAUCUCAUCAAAAUGCAUUGACGGGACCCUUGUAUCGCUGAGAAAAGACGAAAAGGAGCUCUCUUCCAGAAUGGAUACGAGCUCUUCCAGUCAUCAAGCCAUGCCAAAGAACAGGAGGCGCUCCAUUGAGCUUCAAAAUGUGAAGGCAUUGGCUAAGUCGUUGGAUGAAGAAGAGAGGCAGCUGAAACGACAUGCAAUGAGAAGGAAAAGCCAACACGAUAAAGAAAUGCAUGCAAGUUCCCAAGAAGAUGUCGACAUUGUCAUUCCUCCAACAGAAGCUUCCCAAGAGGAUCUUGACAUUGCAAUUCCUCCGACAGAAGCUUCCCAAGAGGGUACGUGUAUUGUCCUUACUCCAACAGAAUAUGUUGACGAUGGAGCCCAUGCAAGACUUUCCUCAUCAGAGUUCAUGUCUUGGGAUGGCUUUGACAAUGAAAGACAACCACAGGAAAAUCCAAGGGCCUCAGGAGAUGGUAGAAGGAGGUCGUCGAGACGUGAAUUCCCGACUGAGAAGUUUGGCAGCAGCACCUCAACACGUCGCCGCAGCUCUGAUACUGAAACAAGGCGGAACCGCCUUUCGACUUCGCGGACAGAACGAAAACGAAAAGGGCUCGACAGAAGAGGGCCACUGGGCAAUACAGCAAACAUAUCUCCCGUUAACGCCAUCGAGAGCUCUGAAAAGAAACAUCGAAGAAGGUCAUCACAAGCCUUUCUUGCCCAAAAAUUUGGCAGCACGGCUGCAGUUAGCCUCGACGACAACCCUGCCGCUGACUUUGAAGACCUUGAAAGCAACGAGGAUAUCUCUUUCAGCGACGACGAGGGUGACAAUCCAGUCCGAGAACGACCAGCAAUAAACGGUUCCGCGAUUCUAGUAGAGGCAUCCUUGGUGGACGACUCGACAGAGGGGGGCGACGAGGACCAAGAGAACCCAGCGGGUGACAUCAUCGUUGCAGAUGUUCUGAAGAUUGAGCGAACUCCCAACUCAAGGACUACCAGAAGGAGAUUCUGGAUUGGUUUGAUCGUUGUUUUCUUAUCUUUGGUUGCUAUUGUUAGCGGUGUGUGCAUGAAUGGUGCCUGCUCCAGCAGUGGGAGCAACGCUGACACAAUGCCAGCAGCAAACACGAACACGGACAGUCCGUCACCUCAACCGAGCACUACAUCUCCAUCGUUUAGGCCGUCCAUAACCCCCAGUACGAGCCCCUCGAUGAGCCCCUCGAUGAGCCCAACGUUUUCCUACGACGAAAAGGAUAGAUAUCUCAUGUCUAUUCUCCCUGACUAUACCUUGGAAACCUUACAAAGCAACUCGGAUGAUCCAAAGCUGCCGCAACGCCUGGCUAUAAAUUGGGUAGUGGAGAAUGCGGUUUUCGAAGCACGGGAGGACGAUUGGGGAGAUUGGCGUCUGCUUCAAAUCUUUGCUCUCGUAUGCUUUUACUAUGCCAUGGGUGGUGGAGAGAUCUGGUAUGCGCGAGAACAGGACAUGUAUCUGAAGCUGGACGAGAGAACGACCGAAUGCAUUUGGGGGCGACAGAAUAAAUUUGAAGAGUUUCGCAACGGGUGCGAAGGUGACAGAUUUACGCGACUUUUUCUGUAUGGGGGAGAAUACUACGAGGGCGUCAGCAAAACCUAUGCCGAGUAUCUUCCUAUGGAGGUGGCGCUCUUGCCCGGUUUGGAAAAGCUCUCCAUUCUUGACUUCUAUCUUGACGUGCCCUUGUCCAAUUUACUUCCUUCUACGUUAGGAUCGAUGAGAAACUUGGAGGAGGUCGGAUGGACCAACAAUCUCCUACACGGCCCUAUUCCCGAGAAUACAUUUGAUCUCUUAAGACGCGUGUCUUACUUGAGCUUGGCCAACAACAGACUCACUGGUACAAUUCCAAGUUCGGUUGGAAGGCUCCGCAACGUUGUGAAUCUUGAGUUGGAAGGGAACCUUCUCGUUGGAAGGAUUCCCUCCGAGAUAGGUCUCUUGACGACACUGAAUUACCUGGAUAUCGGUGGCAAUGCUUUCACAGGGAUGUUGCCGUCAGAAGUGGGAAUGCUAAUGGGCCUCAAAGAGUUGCGGAUGGGUGAAAAUGCAAUGGCAGGAACUCUUCCCACGGGCCUCUGCAGUUUGAGAUCGCUCACCAAACUGGAAGUUGAUUGUUCGGCAGUUGCUUGUCCCGAUGCAUGUUCUGUAUGUACGUGCAAUUCUUGACUUUAGGCUGCAAGGGGGUACCGUAAUAAUUAGGCUACAGUAGCCCAAUUCUCGAGUCGAGUCAGUCAAGUAAGUGUCAAGUCGAGUGACAGUGGAGUCACGAGUCGAGUCGAGUCGAGUUAAUCUAAGUCCCCUAUGACAAACCUGAGUC